AACUCAUAAACAAAUUAUCACUCGGUCGUCAAGUCGUUGUCAAAUGUAGUGUAGAUAAACAGAUCCAGUGAAUUUCAACAUUUUAUGGUGAAGGUCGGUGUUGAAUUGAUCACAAAAUGAAAGACAUGGACUUUGCUGAAUUUUUACAAUCUAAUCAGAUUGAUGGAUUGUUGAGCUUCUUAUAUAGUAUCGAAUGGAGGGAUCCCUGGAUCAUAGGCUUAGUAUUUUUCCACCUAGCUAUAUUCCUAACGGCCAUACGGACGAGACGACAUGGGACGUUCCAAGCCCUACUGUUUUUCGUUUUAUUGUUAUUAGUGUAUUUUUCGGAAAAUAUCAACAAAUUAGCAUCUUCAAACUGGCGAAUUUUCUCCAGGCAACAGUAUUUCGACAGCAAUGGCCUCUUUAUAUCCAUAGUAUUUUCUAUGCCGAUACUUCUGAAUUGUAUGAUGAUGGUGGGAGCUUGGCUUUACCAUUCAACGGAACUAAUGACGUCACUCAAAGUAGCCCAGCUGAAGGAUAGACUAAAGAAACAAAAACUAGAAGAACAGCAUACAGAGAGGUUGAAGAGUAAAUGAUCUGCAAUAGAAUCGAUAUUUUUAACCAAUUUUUUUACUACCACUUCAUGACAUUGCGUAUUUUGUAAUUAAUCCGCUUUUAGAAUUUACAUCAACCAACUUUAUGUUAUUUCCAGUUUUGACGUUUUUGUGUACGAAGCUAUUUUCAGCUUUCUAGUCAAUUUGCAAUUGGAGUUUUUAUAAGAAUAUAUCAUAUGAUACGUGAAUAUUACCUUUGAUGAGACUGAGAUAAAUUGUUGGUGUUUUGAGAAAAAGGAUGUUGGUUUGUAUAUAUUUUUGAGAAUAAUGCAUCCGGAUAAUUAAAGAAUUUUUUUGA